UCUUUCUUUCUCUCUCUAAAUCCCAUAAACCCUUUUGCUUUUCUUCGUUUUUAAUCCAAUCUUCCCCGCAAAAAUGGAUACUUUGACCGGAUUACUCAAAAACACCGCCGAUAAGUUCCCUGACCGCCGUGCGAUCUCCGUCUCCGGCAAAUUCGAUAUCACGCACUCUCGUCUCAAUCAGCUCGUCGAGCAUGCCGCUUCCUCGCUUGUGGCAGCCGGUGUCAAACCCCGAGAUGUCGUUGCCCUCACGUUUCCAAACACCGUUGAGUAUUUGAUCAUGUUUUUGGGAGUCAUCCGAGUGAGAGCCACGGCGGCACCGCUUAAUCAAGCUUACACCGCCGAGGAAUUCCAGUUCUACUUAUCGGACUCUGAAUCGAAACUCUUACUGACCGCCAAAGAAGGCAACGAGGCGGCAGAAACCGCCGCAUCGAAGAUCGGAAUCCCUCACGUGACGGCAGCCCUGAGCGACGUUGAAUCGCGUAUCCAGCUGUCCGCGGUGUCUGAGUCUCAUUCCGAUUGCUCCGCCGUGAAAAUCGUUAACGAGCCAUCCGACGUCGCACUUUUUCUACAUACUUCGGGGACCACGAGUCGCCCCAAAGGUGUGCCACUAACUCAGCUCAAUUUAGCCUCCUCCGUCAACAAUAUAAAAUCCGUUUACAAACUCACCGAGUCCGACUCGACCGUCAUCGUCCUCCCCUUGUUCCACGUCCACGGCUUACUCGCCGGAUUACUGAGCUCACUCGGUGCCGGAGCCUCCGUCACUCUCCCUUCCGCCGGCCGUUUCUCCGCCUCGACGUUCUGGUCCGACAUGAUCAAAUACAACGCCACAUGGUACACCGCCGUUCCCACCAUCCACCAAAUCAUACUCGACCGUCACCUAACCAAACCCGAACCCAGUUACCCGAAACUCCGAUUCAUUCGAAGCUGCAGCGCGUCACUUGCCCCGAGCAUAUUAGCUCGGCUGGAGGAGGCUUUUCAUGCGCCAGUUCUUGAAGCCUAUGCAAUGACGGAAGCCACCCAUCUGAUGGCGUCUAACCCACUACCAGAAGACGGUCCCCAUGUUCCCGGGUCGGUGGGUAAACCCGUGGGUCAAGAAAUGGCAAUAUUGGACGAGAAUGGCGUGGAACAGAAGGCUGGGUCAAACGGAGAAGUUUGUAUUCGGGGCCCGAAUGUGACAAGCGGGUAUAAGAAUAACCCAGAAGCUAAUAAAUCCGCAUUUCUAUUCGGGUGGUUCCAUACGGGCGACAUCGGGUAUUUUGACUCCGAUGGAUAUAUGCAUCUUGUGGGUCGGAUCAAGGAAUUGAUCAACCGAGGAGGGGAGAAGAUAUCGCCAAUUGAGGUGGAUGCUGUUCUGUUGUCGCACCCAGAUGUCGCCCAAGCUGUUUGCUUUGGUGUGCCUGAUGACAAAUAUGGCGAGGAGAUAAAUUGUGCGGUGAUAGCCAGAGAAGGAUCCAACCUUGAUGAGGAAGAGGUGUUGAGGUUCUGCACCAAGAAUCUGGCUGCAUUCAAGGUGCCUAAGAAGGUCUUCAUCACCGAUUCUGUUCCAAAAACGGCUACAGGGAAGAUCCAAAGGAGGAUCGUAGCGGAACACUUCCUCACCCGUAUCUCCACUGCCAAAGUCCCCAAGUUUGGAGCUUGAAGUUGGAAAUUGAAGCAUCCCACCCAUUCUUUGUUAUUGUUUUGUAGCAAUGUCCAUGUACUUGUUCUACAAAGAUAUGUUUGUUUUGUCAUGUAAAA